GGGGUCAAGUCUGCGGCUGCGGCUCAGCAAUCGCGCCCUUCCUCCUAUUUUUCGAUGCCGCAGGGGCCAAACGGCGGCAUCUGCUUUGGGAAUUCCCAUGGAGAACGAUGUCGUGGGGGAACUCCUCUGCGUUGAGGCCGAGCUCCAAGACGUCCAAGACCAAAUUAACAUAUUACUUGACCACCAAGAAAGGUUGUACAGGAAACAAUCUGAGCUCAAGGCCUUGUUGGAAGAAUGUAAAACAUCUGAAAAUGAAGCAAAUAACAAUGCUUCCAUAGCUGCAGAAGAUUGGUCUGGGAACUUUGAGUGGGAUUCUCGGGCUGAUGAUAUUAGAUUCAAUGUUUUUGGGAUUUCCUCUUAUCGAGCAAAUCAACGUGAAAUUGUAAAUGCCGUCAUGAGUGGAAGAGAUGUUUUGGUUAUAAUGGCUGCAGGUGGUGGUAAGAGCCUCUGUUAUCAACUUCCAGCUGUACUUUGUAAUGGUGUUGCCCUGGUUGUCAGUCCUUUGCUUUCUCUAAUUCAGGAUCAGGUUAUGGGACUGACAGCAUUGGGAAUUCCAGCUUACAUGUUAACUUCAACCACAAGUAAAGAAGAUGAAAAAUUUAUCUACAAAGCCCUCGAUAAAGGCGAAGGUGAAAUGAAGAUAUUAUAUGUUACACCUGAAAAGAUUUCUAAGAGCAAGAGAUUUAUGUCUAAGCUUGAAAAGUGCCAUAAUGGCGGGCGCCUUUCUCUUGUAGCAAUUGAUGAGGCACACUGCUGUAGUCAAUGGGGUCAUGAUUUUCGUCCAGAUUAUAAGAACCUUGGUAUCUUGAAGGUUCAGUUUCCUAAUGUUCCGAUGAUUGCUUUAACUGCUACUGCUACAUAUAAGGUCCAGACAGAUCUGAUGGAGAUGCUGCAUAUUCCUAAAUGUGUUAAGUUUGUUAGUACAGUUAAUAGGCCCAAUCUUUUCUACAAAGUACUCGAGAAGUCAUCUGUUGCAAAGGUGGUCAUUGACGAAAUUGCAGAUUUUAUACGGCAGUCAUAUCCUAAUAACGAGUCUGGAAUAGUUUAUUGCUUCUCUAGGAAGGAGUGCGAGCAGGUUGCAAAGGAGUUGCAAGAACGUGGAAUUUCAGCAGAUUAUUACCACGCAGAUAUGGAUGUGACUGCUCGUGAGAAAGUUCAUCUGCGCUGGAGCAAAAACAAAUUACAAGUUAUCAUUGGGACGGUGGCAUUUGGAAUGGGAAUAAAUAAACCAGAUGGGUGCUCAAAACUAAAAUUUUCUUGGUUAUCUCUAGUCAGGUUUGUCAUUCAUCACAGCCUCAGUAAAUCAAUGGAGACAUACUAUCAGGAGAGUGGCCGAGCUGGAAGAGAUGGACUUCCUUCAGAAUGCUUGUUAUAUUUUAGACCAGGCGAUGUUCCACGCCAGAGUACAAUGGUUUUUUAUGAGAAUUCUGGCUUGCAAAAUCUCUAUGAUAUUGUCCGAUACUGUCAGUCUAAAAGAAACUGCCGCCGGGGUGCUUUCUUUCAGCAUUUUGGGGAACCUCUACAGGAUUGCAAUGGGAUGUGUGAUAACUGUGCAUAUGGCCAUGAAAUUAAGGAAGUAGAUACCACUUAUCAUGCAAAAGUUAUUGUAUCACUAUUACGUGACAUGCAAGACAAUGAGCAGAGAGCAACCAUGUUGCAAUUAGUUGAUAGGCUCAAAGUGAAGAUGAAGAAACUAGGUGGUUCAAAUAACUCAGUUCCUGAUCUCAAGAAAGAUGAACUAGAGCAGUUGAUAAUUCAGCUGAUAUUAGACCGUGUUUUGAAAGAAGAAUUCCAGCAUACAGCGUAUGCAACUAAUGCGUAUGUUGCUCUAGGACCACUGUGGAAGCUAGCAUUGCAAGGGAAAAGACCAGUUGUGCUCGAGAUCUGCAUGGGGUGGCGCAGUAAUAGCAGCAUCCGUAAAGAUGCUAGGCAUAGCCAGGCAUCUGGUCUGGAAAUGAAGCUGGAUGAAUUGCGUAAGGAACUGUCUUCUACCCAUGGGGGAAUAUUUCCUCAUGCUGUUCUUUCUAGUCAACAGAUCAGCAUAUUGAGCACCCAAAAACCAACCUCCAUAGCACAGGUGGAGAAGCUGAUUGGAAAAGUAAAGGCUGAGAAGUAUGGCAGUAGGAUUGUCGACCUAAUUCAGCAGUACGUCAAGUUAGGGCAGCCCGAUGGUGAUACAUCCAAUUCCAGUGUAGCUGAAGCCAGUGAACAAAAUAGAGCAAAUAAAAGGCCACGGAAAAAUAAAACUCUCGUUCUAAUUGAGAGCAGUGAAGAUGAUGAAGAGUGAAGUACUUGGAGGGGAUUAGUAUGGUGGCAGGGAGUUUUUCUAAAUUAAGUUCCCAUGCUAACUUACGACAAGGAAGGUUAACUAAUUUUAUUGAGUCUUUUCUAGACUGUAAGAUGGCAUUAUGGAAAGAAGGCCUGAUUUAAAAGAACAGAAAUGAAAUGUGAUGACCAGUUGCAAGGUGAACAAGGCAUAUUUGCAGCAUGUCACUAAUUUGGAUGUGCCAUGGACUUCGGCAAGGAUUCCUGAAUCUUUCCAUUUCAACAGGAUAGCCUUGAUAAUAUUUUCAUUAGAUCCGAUGUUUGCGAACAGCUGGUUCUUGAAGGUAAAUUCUAAGGAUGUGAAUUAGCAAAACACAAGUGAGAUUAUCUCUCUUGUAUUUUGUAUAUUUAUAAUUUUAAUGUUAUGCCUGAAUGGAUAAAUGUUGAUCCUGAUUAUGCAGUUUUCCUUCAUAAA